AUGAGAGAAGUGUAUGCAAAUGGCCACGGAAAAAUCAUCAAGUUUGUAGAAGGACGCUAUGGUGACACCGUGCACCGCUUUUGCGCAUCUAAAGGAAAUGCACCGCCAUUGUUGAGCUGUGAGCUGGUGAGUCCAAAUGGUAUUUGGUGGCGUGUUGAGAUGGAAGAAUGGGAACUGAAGAGUAGAACAGAAGCUACUAAUCCUGACGAUGCCCAAAGCCAACUGAAGUUGCUGCUUGAUGAGUUGCGUGAAAAUAAUUUUGUCCAUGGAGAUUUGCGGCCACCCAAUGUGUUUCUCCAUGGCUCGCAAGAGAAGGUUGUUCUAAUUGAUUUUGACUGGGCAGGUGUUGCUGGUGUCGACAUUUAUCCUUAUGGGAUGAAUCUGGAAAUCAAUUGGCCUAAAGGCGCACAUGGAGGAGCCAAGUUGGAUCUAGUUCAUGAUUUGGAAUGGCUAUAUCGAAUGUUUCCAUCCGAAUCAAAGUGUUGA